UUUUUUUGAGGGAGGAGUUGUGUUAGUUGAAUCUAGGCACAAAAUACAAAGGAGGGUUCAAUAACAAGGACGGAGAUAGUAGCUACGAGGAUGGAUGGAGCACCACGAGGAAGGGAGUUGCCACCGGUGUCAAAGAGUGGGGACGCGAGCUGGGCCGUCGACGAACGACGCGAGCGACUGGAACAACGGCCGCGGCUUUGAGAUUCGGGUUUGCCAGCUGGCGCACAUGGUAGAGGGUCUUCAGAUUGGGUAUGUACGACCCUGGUCGUAUACGAUUUUUCCCAUGAGAAAAAUCAGGAAUCCAACACGCCGGUUGGUUGAACUAAUUUUUUUUAGGGAAGUUGGUUGAAUUAAUUGACAGGUCGAGCCGGACUUAAUCUGUUAUUAGGAGUCCACCAAAAUCCUUCUCCGCCGCCGUACAUAUUACCAGAGGCAGAGGAGAAGGGCUCCAGGACGGGACGAGACGAUCGAGGAGGGUUUUGCAUCGAUGGAGUUGCGAUCGGGCCGCCGCCUCACCUCUCUGCCGCCGCGCAACAAGUCAUCGCCGUCCAACAUCGAUAUCGGCCAGGAUGAGGACAUGAUCAGCACGCUUCCCGACCACCUCCUCCUCGGAAUCCUCGAACGCCUCCACCUGCGUGAGGCGCUCCGUAUCGGCGCCGCCUCCACGCGCUGGCGCCACCUCCCACACCAGCUCUCGCACCUAGAGCUCGGGGUCGACCAGUUCCAUGGCGCCACGCCGGUCGAGAUCAUGGACGCGUUCACGGGCGCGGUACGGAGGUUGCUCUCCGUGUCUCCUCCUCCGUGCCCCGCCUGCAGUCGUGCUAUCAAGACCCUCGUCCUACGCUUCUACAUGUUGGACCCUCUGCAACUGAGCUCCAUCAGCGGCGGCGUUGAGGACGUCGUCAGCCGCGGCGAGACCGAAUGGCUCGAGUUUUAUAUAUUACCGCCGGUCUCGACCACCGACGACACCACUCAGCUGCUCGCCAAGAUGGGGCAGGCGGAGCGGUUCAUGUCCUUCUCCCGUGCCUGCCCCGUCGCCUUCCGGUGGCUCACCAGGCUAACCCUCGAGAACCUAGCGUUUGGAGAGGAUGACGUCGCAGGCCUUAUUAAAGCUUGUGAUAAGCUCAAGCACCUCAUCCUGAAAUCUUGCAGACUGGUUGAUCAUCACUCCGCACUCAAGAUCGACACGCCGUGCUCCGGGCUCCAGGAGCUUCGGUUCAUUGACUUUGCUUGCACAUGUAUCGAGCUCAUCUCCGUCCCCAAGCUAAGAGAAAUAUGGUGCUGGUCUUGGCCCUGCGAGAGCCCUCCGGUGCACUUCGGCCACGUUCCCCAACUUCUUGAAGUGAACCUCGGUUCACGUGCUGGGGUGUGGCAGGCGCCAUUUGCGCUAAGCGAAUGCUUGAGUGCCACGAAUCUGUCAAGAUUGUAUCUCAAUUUUGGUUGCGAAAUGAUUUGGAUUCAACCAGAACAUCCUAAGCACCUCACUACAAUAUUCAGAAACCUGACCGAGGUGUAUCUUUACUAUAUCUUUCCUGAGUGCGAUCUGAACUGGACCAUGUUUCUCGUCGAAGCUGCACCUGCCCUACUGAAUUUUACAUUGCUUCGAAAUCAACAUCCAUGUGUCAAACCGUCUGCACACAGUGCCCAGAAGACCAACAUGUUGUGGGAACCAUCCAAGGAUUGGAAGCACCUGAACUUGAAGUUACUGGUGAUGGCAGGGUUCGAGGAGGAAGACAAGGUGACAAACUAUCUAAGGCUGUUCAUGGAACGAGCCGUGGGCUUGAAGAGAAUCGAGCUGCGUGGUAAACACCCUUGUGAUAAGUGCAAUGCCAUGGACCUUGAACUUGAGUCCACAAGAUCCCUUGUUGACAAAGCUAGCAGGUAUCGGAUUAAGGAGCGACUCACACAUGAAUUCUCCUUGUCUGUCAAGAUAACAAUAUGUUGA